AUGGUGAAUCUGCACGUGAAGACGACGGCGGGGAAGAAAUUCUCGGUGGACUUGGCGCUGGAAAACUGCGUUCUGCAGUGCAAGGAGGCGCUCGUUACCCACACCGAGGUACCCGCCUCGUUGCAGCGACUUAUUUACAAGGGCAAGGUGCUUAAGGACGAUCAAACACUCGAGAGCUACGGCAUUCAGGCGGAAGAUACCAUUUACUUUGUCAAGGGCUCGGCGCGACCAGCUACGUCAGCACCUGCUGCUAGUACUACGACUCCAGCUGCUGCUCCCGCUGCUACGCCAACCCCGGCUGCAGCGCCUACGACACCCGCUAACCCGUUCAAUUUCCCGCUAUUCCCUGGAGCUGCCGGAGCCGGAACGGGCGCUUCUAACAACGGUAACAUGUUUGGCAAUGCGAUGGGCGCUGGUGGCAUGCCCAACAUGCAGCAGAUGCAGCAGCAAAUGAUGGAGAACCCGGAAAUGGUACGGCAGAUGAUGGACUCGCCCAUGAUGCAGAGCAUCCUCAACAACCCGGACAUCAUGCGCAACCUCAUGCAGAGCAACCCGGCCAUGCAGCAGCUCAUGGAGCAGAAUCCGCAACUGAAUCACAUUAUGAACGACCCAGAGCUGCUCAGACAGAGUAUGGAGGCCAUGCGCAACCCCGCGGCGAUGCGUGAAAUGAUGCGGAACCAAGACACGGCGCUGCGGAACAUUGAGAGCCACCCAGAGGGAUUUAAUGCGCUGCGACGCCUGUACCACGACGUGCAGGAGCCGCUGAUGGACGCUGCUGCUAGCGGGACCCCUGCUCCUAGUGGUCCGGCGUUCACUAUGCCUGGUGUUGCAGGUGGAACUACGAACGCCAACUCGACGAGCAGCUCGACGACGCAGUCACAGGCCUCCAGCGCCACUUCGUCGACCCCCGCUGUCGCUGCCAAUCCGUGGGCUUCAGCAGGUGCUGCUACCGGUACUGCAUCUACUGGUGCUGCUGCGAACCCUUGGGGUAGUGCUGGCUUGGGAGGCCUUGGUGCAAUGGGAGGCAUGGGCGGUCUGGGCGGCAAUCCGGAGAUGAUGGCGCAGAUGAUGCAGAAUCCCAUGUUCCAGGCGGCGUUGGAUCAAGUGACGAGAAACCCGGAUCAGUUCGUUGCGCAGAUGGAGGCGAUGAACCCUCAGAUGGCAGCGAUGAUGAACGCUAACCCACAGAUGCGGCAAAUGAUGUCGAGCCCAGAGUUCCUGCGGCAGGCCAUGAACCCGCAGAACAUGCAGGCUAUGAUGCAAAUGCAGAACGCCAUGAGCCAGUUGCGUGGGUCCGGACUGAUUCCAGGACUCGAAGGUAUGGACCUUGGUGCUGGCCCUGGUGCAGCAGCCGCUGGACCAGCAAACCCUGCAGCGGCUAACCCGUUUGCGAUGUUCGGUGGCUUUCCCGGCGCCGCAGCAAGCACCCCCGCAGCCCCGGCAGGCAACCCGGAAGAGAUGUAUGCGUCGCAGCUGACGCAGUUGAACGAUAUGGGUUUCUCCAAUCGGGACCAGAACAUCCGCGCGUUACAAGCCACCUUUGGCAAUGUGCAAGCCGCCGUGGAUCGCCUCCUAAGCGGCUCCAUUUAG